AGUGCGACAGCCGUUCUUGUGUAACCCUGAUGACAUAACGAAGAAGAAAUGACUAGCAGGAAACAUGGCGUCUGCCUUGGACGAUGAUGAGAUCUCCAGUGAUGAUUACUAUUCCCUGCUUAACGUCCGACGAGAGGCAACGCAGGAGCAGCUGAAGGCGGCGUACAGACGCUUGUGCAUGUUAUACCACCCAGACAAACAUCGGGAUCCCGAACUCAAGCGCCAAGCAGAGUGUCUUUUUAACCUGGUGCACCAAGCUUACGAAGUGCUGAGUGAUCCGCAGGCACGAGCUAUCUACGACAUCUAUGGCAAGCGCGGACUUGACGUCGACGGAUGGGAGGUGAUAGAGAGGAAAAGAACCCCUGCGGAGAUUCGAGAGGACUACGAGCGUCUUCAGAGGGAGCGAGAGGAGAGGAGACUUCAGCAAAGGACCAACCCGAAGGGAACAAUUAGCGUGGGCGUCGAUGCCACGGACCUCUUUGAUCGCUACGAGGAGGACUACGAGGGCAUGGGUGGAGGCGGCGUCCCGCACCUGGAAAUCAACAAAAUGCACAUCUCCCAAUCCAUCGAGGCCCCUCUCACCGCCAACGACACGGCCAUCUUGUCCGGUUCUUUGUCUACGCACAAUGGAAACGGAGGCGGGACUAUUAACUUGGCCUUGAGGAGAGUCACCUCGGCUCAAGGUUGGGGAGAGAUGGAGCUGGGCGCCGGGGACACCCACGGACCUCUCUUUGGAAUGAAAGUCUUCCGCAAUUUGACGCCGCGCUUCUACGUGACGGCGCAGUGCGGACUGCAGUUUUCCUCGCGAGGCGUGCGUCCCGGCCUCACCACCGUGCUGGCCCGCCACCUGGACAAGAACACCAUGGGUUACCUGCAGUGGCGUUGGGGCAUCCACUCGUCCAUGAACACCAGCGUCGUUCGGGACACCGAGAGCAGCCAUUUCACCUUGGCCCUGCAGCUGGGGAUUCCGCACACUUUUAUGAUGAUGAGCUACCAGUACAAGUUCCAGGACGAAGACCAGACCAGAAUUAAGGGCUCAAUCAAGUCCGGCUUCUUUGGGACUGUGCUGGAGUACGGCGCCGAGAGGAAAAUCAGCCGACACAGCGUUCUGGGGGCCGUGGUCAGCGUCGGGGUGCCUCAGGGUGUCUCGCUCAAGGUCAAGCUAAACCGAGCCAGCCAGACGUACCUCUUUCCUGUUCACCUGACCGACCAACUCCUGCCCAGCGCCGUGUUUUACGCCACGGUGGGACCGCUGGUGGUCUACCUGGCCGUGCGGCAGCUCGUCAUCCAGCCGUACGUGCGGGCCCAGAAGGAACGGGACUUGGAGAAGCAGCGGCAAAGCUCGGCUUCCAACACGGCCAAGAAGAAGCAAGAGGCGGAGGCGGCGGUCUUACUAAUGCAGGAGUCCGUGCGGAGGAUUAUCGAAGCCGAGGAGUCUCGAAUGGGUCUGGUCAUCCUCAACGCCUGGUACGGCAAGUUCGUGACGGACAACAGCCGAAGACACGAGCGGGCCAAGGUGAUCGACGUGAGCGUGCCGCUGCAGUGUCUGGUGAAGGACUCCAAACUCAUCCUCACCGAGGCCGCCAAGUCCGGCCUGCCCGGUUUCUAUGACCCGUGCGUGGGGGAGGAAAAGAGCCUCAAGGUGCUGUACCAGUUCCGCGGUGUCAUGCAUCAAGUCCUGUCAGGAGACUCCGAAGCACUCAGGAUACCAAAGCAAUCUCACAGGAUCGAUACGGACACAUAGGGGAAGUUGUUCCUGUGCUGAGGAAAGAAAAGCGAGCCCCGUUUGUCAGCACUCGGAGUCAUCUUUGUUUUAGAGCCAACAGAGGCCAAGUCUCGGUCACUCAAAAAGGCGUCGCUCGAUGGCAAAUGAAGCUUGACAAACGGUAUCCGCCGACACGGUUGGGUUCUGCUUGAAAUGUGACACUGAUGAUGAUGAUGAUGAUGAUGUCUUCUUGGCAUCUUUCGGCGUACAUUUACUCCAGUUAAGGAUGGUCAACUUUUUGUUUGACCUUGCAGUGCCUGCGUGAUUUAAAAAACAAUUGCACCUGUUUGUGUACUGGAAUAUUAAAAAAGUCUCUCAGUCAAGGAUAA